GUGACGUUGACGCGGUUUCAGGCGGUUUCCUGCCCGCUCUAAAACCCUCCUAUUUUUGCUCUAAAUCUCCGCCGCUCGCAUAAAACGCGACAAACGCGGACGCGUCGUCGAAACUCUAAGUGCUAAUGCAUUUCGAAAACUAUUGAUAUUAACAAUUAACGCGGAUAUGAUUAGGUGUUCGUUUGGGAAACGUCGUUCGAUCAAAGGAUUCUCACGCUAAUCCGCAAACAAUAAAACUACAUAAAUGAAUCGACCAGCAGAAACGAGCACAUUCGAAUAAAUACGCGCCUGAUAAACUAAACAAACCUCGAGGAAAAAUACAAGCGCUAAUCCGAUGGCAAACAAGUCGCGACAUUUUCGGUACUGUUACGCGAUCGUCUAAUCGCGCGAUCGGAACGCGAAACGUUGAAGAAGAAUAAAGUACCGAUGGGCUGCGAAUUGGGAAAACUCGCCGGCAGGGGCCGCUCGGACAACAACGGCAAACCGGACGACGUCGGGCCCCCGUCCCAGCCGCCCCCGAUCGAUUCGAGGCUGCCUCUCACCGCCAAGCAGAAGUACAGCCUGCUGGCCUCGUGGAAGGGCAUCAGCAGGGCCAUGGAGAGCACCGGCGUCUGCAUGUUCUUGAAGUUGUUCGAGGAGCACGGGGAAUUGCUGAAUCUGUUCCAGAAGUUCCAGAAAUUGAAGACUAAAGAGGAGCAGGAGAGCAGUUUGGAGCUGCAGGAGCACGCCACCACCGUCAUGAACACUUUGGACGAGGGUAUCAAGGGCAUGGACAAUUUGGACGCCUUCUUCGAGUAUUUGCACCAGGUGGGCGCCACCCAUAGGAGGAUACCGGGAUUCAAAGUCGAAUAUUUUUGGAAAAUCGAGAAGCCCUUCCUGGAGGCGGUGGAACAAACGUUAGGAGACAGAUAUACGGAGAACGUGGAGAACAUAUACAAAAUAACGAUAAAAUUCAUUAUAGAAACUCUAAUAAAAGGAUACGAUAAUGCGAAUAUAACAAAUAACGAUAGCGGAAAUAACGACAACGCGCCCACGUGAAGUUGCACCUUUUGAAUGCGAACUCGAGCGAUUUAAAGCCAUUUACUGAACGGAUUUCAUUUUUUUUAUUAUAGAACCAAAACCGAUCAUCUCCAUUUAGUGUAUUUUGAACGUGUAAAUAAUCGUAUACGUGUGUAUGUAUUUUUUUUUUUUGGUGGAAAUGAUAAAAAAAGUAACUGUUUCAAUUGACGUAAACAAUUUAAAUUAAGGCGCACUUUUACCUAAUUACGAAAUGACCCUUGAAUGUUGAGCACUCGACGAAUAAUUCAAUAAAUUCUCCCAAUAUGAAAACAAAAGCAGUUGAUGUAUCAAUUGAAUAUUUGAAUGUAAAAAUUGUAAAUUUUCGUUAUUGGAUAUAAAUGUACAAUUUGAAAACGUUAAAUUUAUAUAGUUGUAAUAUUUUAUAUUUGUAAUGACUGUAAUAUAUGUUAGAUAUAAUAUACCUUAUAAAAUUA